UUGGACCGCCUUCCCUUCUCGCGAAAGAGUCGCCCUCUUCUAGCUCCUCCUUUGCUGUAUCUUUUUUUGAUCGUCCUUUUUUUUUUUUUACUUGCGGAAGCACUGAAUACCAUUGCUCUGUUUUUGCAUUGCUUAGUGUAAUUUUUUUUUUUCUUGGAGAAAAUGGCAUCUGUAUCAGCAACAGAAAGAAGAGGAAUACCAGGAGCUCAAUUUGUAGAAGAUGUAGAAACAUAUCUUAGUCAAUCUGGUCUUGAUGUCAACUCUGGCCUUUCUUUUCUCCAAGAAAGGCUUCAGCAAUAUAAGCUGGUUGAGAUGAAACUUCUUGCCCAACAGAGAGAUCUUCAGGCAAAGAUCCCUGAUAUUGAGAAGUGCUUAGAUGUUGUCGCUACUUUACAGGCUAAGAAGGGUACUGGUGAGGCACUUCUUGCUGAUUUUGAAGUCUCCGAAGGCAUAUAUUCACGGGCAUGCAUUGAGGAUACUGACUCGGUGUGUUUAUGGCUAGGAGCAAAUGUCAUGUUGGAAUAUUCAUGUGAAGAGGCUACUGCUCUUCUGCAAAAGAACUUGGACAAUGCUAAAGCUAGUUUAGAAGUUCUUGUUGCUGAUUUGCAAUUCUUGAGGGAUCAAGUCACAAUAACACAGGUCACCAUUGCUCGGGUGUAUAAUUGGGAUGUUCACCAGCGCCGAAUGCGACAAGCUGCUGAAACUUCCUCAGAGGCAUGAAAAAAAGUCUACUGCAGCACCGAUUCAGAGAUGACGAGUGUAUGGUCCCAAAUUCUCAUUAUCUGAUUUUGGUGGAUGGAUUGUCUUUGUAUUCUUGGUAAUGCAAAUUUUGGUUCAUGGGCUUCCUGCACCGCUUGUUGAAAUUAUGGGUCAUUAUAGGACCGUUGUUGUCAAAGAUGCCUUUUUAUAUUGUCCAGACCAAUUCAUACAUGAUGAGACUUCUCGGAUUGAGCAGUAAUGUCUUUAUACACCCAAGCUAUUAGCCUAUUGACAUGUUUCAUUUUGUGUGAGCUAUUGAUGUUUGAUAAAGUUUCCAAUUAAGUGUCAUGUUGAACCUA